AUGCAAGGACUUCGUAGUGAGCUUAACAUCGACGAUAAACUUUUCAAGGAACUGUUCAUGGAACGUCUGCCAGCUGAUGUGCAAACAGUUCUGUCAUCUGACUCAGAAGAUCUCUCGGUCUCACGGCUAGCCGGGAUGGCGAGGAGGAUGUUGGAGGUGCAGCGGUUCCAACCGCCAUCUGUCGUCCAGCUCUGCAUUUCCUCGUUACCGAAGCUAAGUGAGUAGAUUGCGAAGCAGAUGGGGGUCAUAGCAGAAGAAAUGUCGUCCCUAAAACUCUGGCUUACAUGCCUUACCUCUAGUCACGCAUCUGGUCGUCCUCGUUCCCGUUCGCGACCUUGAACAGCCGAUGUUUGUUGAUAUCAUAUGAAUUUCGGGGCGAAGGCUCGUCGAUGUUCCUCCUCCUGCUUAUUCAAGUUCAAGCAGGGAAACCAGUCAGCCAGAGGACAGAGGCGACCGUUUUCUCUCGCCCUUCCGGCUCUGGUCGCACCUUCUAUGUUUGCGACAGUGUGACUCGCAGACGUUUCCUUGUGGACACUGGAGCCCAAAUCACCGUUGUCCCCCCAACUCCAGCCGAUCGUCGUUUCCUCAGCCCGAGCUUCCACCCCCCGAGCUGCCAACUGUUCCCCCAUUCCCACUUUUGGAGUUUGGCCCUCACCUUAAAUAUUGGCCUUCGUCAGUCGUUCUCCUGGAUCUUUGUGAUUGCUGAUGUCCCUCAUGCAAUCCUCGACUCGGAUUUUCUAGCUGAGCUGGAUCCCCUUGUUGACUGCGGACGUUCCCGUCUCCUCGACCGCACAACUGGCCUGUCAGUUCGCGGAUUAACUCCCUAUACUACCCUCAGCAACUUAUUUGUUCUGGUUACAGGUAUUGCUGGUCUCUAUCGGGAGCUGCUGUUUCAACACCUGAACAUCAUCAACCCGCAAUUUCGCAGUGGCGAGGUCCAGCAUGAUGUUGUGCAUCACAACCGCACAUCAGGUCCUCAUGUGUUCGUUUGGCCAGACGACUAACACCUGCCCGCCUGCAGGCCCUGAAAGCAGAGUUUGAGCAUAUGCUGCAACUGCGCAUCAUCCGGCCGUCCGAAAGCCUUUGGGCUUUCCCUCUGCACAUGGUGCCCAGGGCGAUAUUGGGUGAAAGGAGACCCUGCAGCGAUUAUCGUGCCCUCAACAAUGCAACCAUGUCUGUUCGGUACCCUGUGCCACAUCUUCAGGAUUUCGCCGGAGCCCUUUUUGGCAAAACGGUUUUCUUGAAGAUUGACCUGGUGCGUGCCUUUCAUGACAUUCCUGUGGCCCCUGAGGAUGUCUCCAAGACCGCCGUCAUUACCCCACCUUUCGGCCUCUUCGAAUUCAUCCGAAUGCUUUUCGGUCUUCGUAAUGCCGCCUAA